AUGGGAACAGCGUUCCGCCGUGUUUCUGCCUUGUGCGUUGUGGUGUGUGAUUACUCUGCAAGGCGUUGUAGUGCUAUGGACCGACCAGUCGAUGAGCUAGUUGGCGAGAUGGCUUGCUUGCCUCUUUUUUUUUUCUUUUUUUUUUCUCUGUCAUAUCUCAUGCAAAGUAUUAUUUUGUCUGCCACUCCACUGGCGCGCCAGUUUGGACGCUAUUCGAGCGGAUAUCGAGAUUUGUAG